AAGAGCUGUACGUUUCUGAACGGGAGGGCAGUGAUUCCACUGGUGAUGGGACACAAAAGAAACCAUUCAAGACUGUUCUAAAGGCUUUGAUGACAGCAGGAAAGGAACCGUUUCCUACUAUUUAUGUGGAUUCACAAAAAGAAAAUGAGAGAUGGGCCAUUAUUUCAAAGUCACAGAUGAAAAAUGUCAAAAAACUGUGGUACAGGGAACAAAUGAAGAAUGAAGCUAAGGAAAAGAAGGAGGCAGAAGAUCUCUUGAGAAGAGAGAAGAACCUGGAGGAAGCUAAGAAGGUUGUUAUCAAGAAUGAUCCUAGUCUUCCACAGCCAAAAUGUGUAAAGAUUGAUGCUCUGGAGGCUUACAGGGGCCAGAGAGUGAAGAUUUUUGGCUGGAUUCACAGAUUACGGAGGCAAGGAAAAAAUUUGAUGUUCAUUGUUUUGAGAGAUGGCACAGGUUUUCUUCAGUGUGUCCUUUCAGAUGAACUGUGUCAGUGUUACAACGGGCUAAUUCUCUCUACGGAGAGCAGUGUUGCAGUGUAUGGUACGCUGAACCUUGUUCCUGAAGGGAAGCAGGCUCCAGGAGGCCACGAGCUGAACUGUGAUUACUGGGAGCUUAUUGGUCUGGCCCCAGCCGGAGGGGCUGACAACCUACUCAAUGAGGAUUCGGAGGUUGAUGUGCAACUUAACAACAGGCAUAUGAUGAUUCGAGGCGAGAAUAUGUCCAAAAUCUUCAAGGUGCGCUCCAUGGUAGUACAGGCCUUCAGGGAUCAUUUCUUUGCCAAUGGAUAUUAUGAAGUCACACCACCAACUUUAGUCCAGACACAGGUGGAAGGGGGCUCAACCCUAUUCAAAUUGGAUUAUUUUGGUGAAGAGGCAUACUUAACACAAUCGUCGCAGCUCUAUCUGGAGACCUGCAUUCCGGCGUUAGGAGAUGUUUUCUGUGUUGCUCAGUCAUACAGAGCUGAGCAAUCCAGGACCCGCAGACACUUGGCAGAGUACACUCACAUUGAAGCUGAAUGUCCUUUUAUAAGUUUUGAGGAUUUACUGGACCGUCUGGAGAGCUUGGUUUGUGAUGUAGUAGACAGAGUCUUGAAAUCACCUGCAUCAAGCUUACUGUAUGACCUAAACCCGGGCUUCAGGCCUCCUAAACGUCCUUUCCGACGAAUGAACUAUACUGAAGCCAUUGAGUGGUUAAAGGAGCAUGAUGUGAAGAAGGAAGAUGGCACUUACUAUGAGUUUGGGGAAGAUAUUCCUGAAGCUCCUGAGAGAUUGAUGACAGACACCAUUAAUGAGCCAAUCUUGUUGUGCCGAUUUCCUGCAGAAAUAAAGUCUUUCUAUAUGCAGCGCUGUCAUGACGAUUCCCGGCUUACUGAAUCCGUUGAUGUGUUGAUGCCUAAUGUUGGUGAAAUUGUUGGAGGCUCUAUGCGUAUCUGGGACAGUGAGGAGCUACUUGAAGGCUACAAGAGGGAGGGCAUCGAUCCCACACCGUACUACUGGUAUACUGAUCAGAGAAAAUAUGGUACAUGCCCUCAUGGUGGAUAUGGUUUGGGAUUAGAACGGUUCCUAACCUGGAUUCUGAAUAGGCACCAUAUCAGAGAUGUCUGUCUCUAUCCACGCUUUCUCCAGCGCUGCAAACCUUAGCCGUCUCAUAAACUCCUAGAAAACUGAGCAACAGAUGCUUGGAAAAGAACGAUACACUUUCCUGUACUAGAGCCUGUCUGAGAACAAGACUUACUGCAACCUUUUGCUCAUACAAUUUAGGGUGUG